AUGGAUCUUGCCUUUGUUAUAAAUGCAACUUCUGAUGCCGCAGACGAUGCCUUCGACCUGAUGAAAUGCACCUUAGAUUACUUGCUUCACAAGUACAAAAACUACCAGGUGAAGUUUCAGAUCUUCUUACAUGGAGAUGAAGAUACAUCUCUGAGAGAGAUUUCUUUACCAGAAGGCGUGGAACAUUUAACAAGGAAUACAGACGUUAAAAUUCCUGCCCUUCAUGAUGAUCUGAGGAUAGUGGAACAAGCCUUCAAACAGAGUGGGGGAUCAAACUCAGAAAAGGUAGGAAUUGAAAAAAAAGAAAGCUAG